AUGUCAAACAUUGUCCGCACCGAAUGGCUCUCCUAUGCUGGACUUGAGGCUACAAAACAAGUCGGCGUCCCGCACGUCUGCAUCCAUUCCUUCGACGAUGGGCAUGACACCGCACCCCGCUCAGCCGCAGGAUACGUCAAGGGCCUCCUCGCAUUCACUGAGAAGGAGAAAUACGGCCAGAUCGCGACCGUCAUCGCCGUGGAUGGCCUCGCGAAGGGCGUGGGCGAGAAGGGCGAAGACACCAUGAAACUUAUCGUCGCGAAUGGCGAUGAGGGCCGUAUCAAGGAUGGCGACACGCUCUUCUUCAACUACCGCUCUGACCAGAUGUGGGAGAUUGUCGUCGUGCUUGGCCUCCCUGACAAGCCUAUGGAGGUCGAUCACAUCAGCACCAUGCCACAAUACAACGCCGAGUUCCCCUUUCCGGUUGCUUUUGCGCCGCAACCGACAACAAAUGUCCUCGCCGAAUGGCUCGCGAAGCAGGGUGUGAAGCAGGCACACAUAAAACCGAGAAAUACGCACACGUUCUUCUCCAAUGGCGAUGUUGAGACACAACAUGUUAACGAGAAGUGGCAUAUGAUUCUCUCACCUAAGGCCGCGCCGUACGACAAAACGAGCGUCAAGGCUAUCGUGGACAAGGUUGCGGAGGUCAUACGCAAGGGCGACAAGGAGUUCGUGAGAUGCAACUUUGCGCCACAGGAUAUGAAAGACAGUGAGGAGGAGAAAGGAGCACUGCCCGAUGUGACGUCCGCCGUCCUUGACAUUAUGGGAUUGCCUCAACCUGAAGAGAUGCCCGGUCGCUCGCUGCUCGCGCAUGAUGAGGAGAAGAAGGAAUGA